AUGAGCUCGGUCAUUGGCGGAGCAGUUGACUCUGCUGGAAAUGAUGUGGUAGCUAGAGAGUUUAAUGAGCGCACCAGGCUGUUGUAUGGCGGCAACGAGGAGAAUUCUUCUGAUAGUGAUGGUCGUCCUCAAUUCUAUACACAUACCCACACUGGUUCAUCCUCGUCAACUUCGAAGAAUAAUACUGCAGUCACAGAAAGAGAGACUGACCCGGCUAUCGACUCGGGAUCUGAUGACGAACAUUCAGAUGUGGACCCUGAUGAGGCCCAUUCGAGACUCAAUGAAGAGUACAGGGGGCUACCUUGGACUCAUAGACCGUCUUCUAUUGUUCUGGUGAUUAUUUUCUCACUAUUUGCAAUUGGUCAGUCUAUGGUUACUGCGUCUAAUUUGGAUGUCAUGUUCGAGCUCAUCUGUAGAUCUCUGUAUGAUGCAGCUCCUUCCCGGAGUCUACAAAUCCCCAUUGACGCUCAAGAACCUCCUGAAUUCGGUGCCGACCCCAGAUGUAGAGGUCCCGAGGUAGCUGCUCUUGUAGCCAACUUCACCUCGUACCGAACCGCCAUUCUCGGUAUUUUGGGUAUUGUUGCCACCCCCAAACUGGCUUCCUACUCUGACCGAAUUGGUCGUAAGUAUAUUAUUCUCUGGUGCUCUUUCUGUGGCAUGUUUGCUGAUAUCAUCCCGUUUCUUUGUACCUCAUACCCCCAAUAUUUCGAUUAUCGAUGGCUGCUAGUUUCAUCGGCCAUUCAAGGCAUUGGCGGUAGUUUGAUGACUGUCCAGGUUUUGAAUAGUUCUUAUGUCGCAGACUGUAUUCCUCCUAGUCUUCGAGCAAAGUCCUUAGCAAUGCUUGAUUCCUGUCUUUUUGGAUCCAUUGCUAUUGGUCCUGUUAUCGGCAGUCUUAUUCUGUCCACAUACCGCUCAUUGCCAAAACUUUAUAUGGUAUCCAUUGGCUUUUAUGUCACCAACAUCGUUCUCACGGCAUUAUUUUUAGUAGAGUCUCGACCACUAAAAGCCCGUCGUAUGUCUCAAGUUCAAUACGAUACCGACUUGGAGCAGGUUAUGAGUAAUGCUACCAACUGGCAGCAGUAUCUUCAUAAAGUUAAUUUCCUCAAGCCGCUUGCAUUGCUUAAAUUUGACCACUUGAGUGACAGAGCAUCCAGACGUAAUGCCAGGAUGCUUGUUAUUAUGGCAUCUUUGGGCAUGGAGUUUGCAAUUGCCAUCUCGCCUAUCAUCAUGAUGAUUGCUGAGCUGAAGUUCAAGUGGACCGGUGUGGAAGUGGGAUAUUUAAUUUCCGUGUUUGGAAUGUCUCGAGUCUUCGUCCUUGCUAUUAUAUUCCCUCUUGCUCUACGAUUCUUACGAUCCAAGUUUAGAGUCGUAGGUAAUGGCCUGGAUAAAGUCGAUUUGACCAUGAUUCGAAUCGGACAACUUAUCAGUAUCUUUGGCUACUCUGCUCUUGGAAAUGCCCCCAACCCCAAGGUGUUUGCCAUUGUACUGAUUAUUGACUCGUUGGCCGGUGUUCAGAUCCCGUCAAUGAAGAAUGCCAUCAUCAAGCAUGCGCCCCAAGACAGAAUCGGUGAGCUGCUGGGUGCAUUGAGUCUCGUCAACAAUUUCAGCAUGGUAGUGGGUCCACUAGUGUUUUUCCGCAUUUUUAACCUCACUGUUGCUACACGGCCUCAAACUGUUUUCGAAAUUGUUUCUCUCGGAUUUUUCUGUCUCCUAAUAACCUCUUUCUUCCUGUCUAAGCCAUCACCUCCUCCGAGUCCAGAUGAGCCACACAACUAUGGAUCAACUGAGCAACCCACAGCAGAUCUGUAA